AUGGCCGACAUUGUCAAACCUGGGGAAGGAAAUAUUGUUGCGCUUGCGAUGAUCAACACUAUUUUGUGUGGAGCAUUUGCCGCACUUACUUUCCUUAUCAUUCAUUUCCUCACAAUGGGAAAAUGGACUUUGUUGCUCACCAUCAACGCCUGUUUAGCAGGUAUGGUCUCAGCUUGCGCUGGCUGCAAUCGAAUGGAACCAUGGGCAUCAUCAUUUACUGGAAUA